ACGGUUUCAGACGAGUCCUCCUCCCUUCGAUGUACGGAAGGACUGUAAUCCCACAUACAGUGAAGCGAUUGUGGGAGGGCUUGUCUUCUCUACUUUGAACUGUUAAAAAAACAAAAUAUCACUUUGUAUCAAACGUAAAUAGUAAUGCCAUUGUAGCCCUUACAUUGUAUGGACACUUUUUCGGUUGAUAGCUGACUUUACAAACAAGAAAGAGAAUGGAUUUUAACGUCAAAAGAUUUGCAGCGGACGCCGGCACUUUCCUCAGUCGCGCAGUUCAGUUUACUGAAGAAAAACUUGGACAGGCAGAGAAGACAGAGUUGGAUGCGCAUUUGGAGAACCUCUUGGCUAGAGCGGAAUGUACCAAGCAUUGGACUGAGCGGAUAUUGAAGCAAACAGAAAUCCUACUACAGCCAAAUCCAAAUGUGAGGAUAGAGGAAUUCUUUUAUGAGAAACUUGAGAAGAAAGUACCAAACCGGAUGAACAACCACGAGGUGCUUGGCCAGUCCAUGAUCGAUUCUGGGAAUGAAUUUGGACCAGGACAAGCCUAUGGCAACGCGUUGAUUAAAUGUGGAGAGACAGAGAAACAGAUUGCGGGAGCUGAGAGAGAGUUUAUCCAAAGCUCAGCCAUCAACUUCCUGACACCUUUUCGGAAUUUCCUUGAGGGUGAUUUUAAGACUAUCUUGAAAGAACGCAAGCUGUUGGCGAACAAGCGGCUGGAUCUGGAUGCGGCCAAGACGAAGCUAAAGAAGGCCCGGAUGGCCGAUGCCAGAGCUGUGGCAGAGCAGGACUUGCGGAUGACUCAGAGUGAGUUUGACCGACAGGCAGAGAUCACCAGGCUCCUCCUGGAGGGAAUCAGCAGCACUCAUGCACACCAUCUGCGCUGCUUGAACGACUUUGUGGAGGCUCAGACCACGUACUAUGCACAGUGUUACCAGUACAUGGUUGACCUGCAGAAGCAACUAGGAAGCUUCCCUUCCUCAUUUGCGUCCAACAACAACCAGUCGUCUGUGAGCGGCGGUGCCAGCGUGUCCGUGCCCACCCUUCCCUUGUCGUCCUCUCUGCCCGCCGGUCGCAGCUCGUCCGCCUUCAACGAGCUGCGCAGCUGCAGCGGCAGCCGCAAGGCCCGAGUGCUCUACGACUACGACGCCGCCGGCAGCAGCGAGCUCUCUCUGCUGGCAGACGAGGUGAUCAUGGUUAGUAGUGUCCCAGGGAUGGACCCUGAUUGGCUGAUGGGAGAGCGUGGGAACCAGAAGGGAAAAGUGCCAAUCACCUACCUUGAGCUGCUGAACUAGGCCCUUGAAAGGGCUGGACUUCUGGGUCCCAGAUGGAUAGCCGCAGCACAGCCAAGCAUAAACCCAGGCCUUAUUUCAUAUUUAUAAUAAUGAUUAAUGAUAAUAAUAAUAAUAAUAAUAACAUUGUAUGCAACCAUGCUUUUAAGAGGUGUUUUUCUCAUCUGUUUUGUGUUAUCCGGUUGGUGGACACCUCUACUGCCUGUAUCCACCACACUGGAAGCUCAGAGAUCCCCCCCCCCCCCCGACCCUGCACCCUACUUAACACCCCUAAAGUGUUUACAGAAUCAUUUACUCAGAUGACAUGUUGUUUUUUGGAAUAGUGAUUUUGGUGUGAUUGAUUGCUAGUUGCCCCCUGCUUCCUUAAGGAGCAGUGAAAUGCCGGGGA